AUGUCCUCCAAGAUUCCGGGCUUGCAGCACAUCCAGUCGUUCACCCAGAGAAAGGAAAAGGAAUGCCGAAAGCCCGAAGAGGGGCUCAAAAAUGAUCUGAUCAUUCGUGCUGCUCGUGGUCACCAGACCGAAAGGGCUCCCUGCUGGAUCAUGCGUCAAGCUGGCCGAUACCUCCCAGAAUUUCGCAAGAUUCGAGAGGAUCACGACUUUUUCGAGUGCUGUCGCAACCCAGAGCUGGCGUCCGAGAUCACAGUGCAGCCCAUCCGCCGCUACUCGGGACUGCUCGAUGCAGCCAUCAUCUUUUCGGACAUCCUCGUUGUGCCGCAGGCCAUGGGAAUGGAGGUGGAGAUGCUUCCUGCUAAGGGACCUCACUUCCCCGAUCCGCUCGUGACGCCCAAGGACAUUGCGACCAAGCUCAAGAAGAAGGUCGACGUCGAAAAGGAGCUGGGGUACGUGUACGAAGCCAUCGCAUUGACUCGCACCAAGCUGGACGGCGAGGUGCCGCUGAUCGGAUUCUGCGGUGCUCCUUGGACGCUGAUGGCGUACAUGGUGGAAGGCGGAGGUAGCAAGACGUUUGAAAAGGCCAAGACGUGGCUGUUCAAAUAUCCCGAGGAAUCCAAGCAGCUGCUGCAGAGGAUCGCCGACGUCUGCACCGAUUUCCUGGUGGGACAGGUCAAGGCGGGUGCGCAGCUGCUGCAGGUGUUUGACUCGUGGGCUGGCGAGCUGUCUCCCUCGGACUUCCGUCAGUUUUCGCUUCCGUAUCUGCGCUCGAUUGCGGCUUCGGUGCGUGACAUCCUGUCGACCAAGUCGAUCCCGUGCCCCCCGCUGAUUGUGUUCGCCAAGGGUGCGUUGGGUCACUCGCUGCCCGAAGUGGUCAAGGCGGGCUACGAUGUUGUGGGACUGGACUGGACGGUGGAGCCCUGCGUUGCACGUAAAGUGGUGGAGCUCGCAUCUCCGGGCAAGUCGAACUACAAGGAUGCAAGCGGACAGAACGAGGCAGGCCACCGUUUGGCGCUGCAGGGUAACAUGGACCCGUCGGUGCUGUACGCGGGCAAGGAGGCGAUCGAAGCCAAGGUAGAAGAGAUGCUGCGAUCUAAGAAGGGCGGCUUCGGCGGUGGAGGAGCGUACAUUGCCAACCUGGGACACGGAAUUACGCCCGGUGUGGACCCAGAGGCGGUCAGGAUCUACCUCAAGGCGGUGCACAGGAUCAGCCGUGAGGUCAACAGUGCUCAAGAUGAAGAAUAA